CAGAAAGCCCACCCCAGCAUGGUUGAGGAUUCAAGGAAGCUGUAUCUCUGAAGUGCUGGAGAAGUGGAGACAGGAGGAUUGACAGAGUUGGCUGGUCUAUCCAAAUUGGCUGCUUCUCCAGGCAUAAUCAACUCUUGACUUUUGAAGUAAAGUAUUGAAAAUCUCCUCAGACUUCUAAUUCUGAAGAAGUGAUGACAUUUCUCUGAUCCAGGAAAGAAGUGACCAACUCUGUGUUAAUAGUUUCUGAGCCCAGGGCUUAUUUGCCUCCUGAAUUUGAAGAAUAUGGAGAAAUGGCCUUGGAUGACCAUUGUGGUCCUGAUAGGACUCACAGCACGAUGGACAGUUUCUCUUAAUUCUUAUUCAGGUAUUGGAAAACCCCCAAUGUUUGGUGAUUAUGAAGCUCAGAGACACUGGCAAGAAAUCACUUUUAAUUUACCAGUUAAGCAGUGGUAUUUUAACAGCAGUGAUAACAAUUUACAGUAUUGGGGAUUGGAUUACCCACCUCUUACCGCCUACCACAGUCUGCUAUGUGCCUAUGUGGCAGAAUUUAUAAACCCAGACUGGAUUGCUCUCCAUACAUCCCGUGGAUAUGAGAGCCAGGCACAUAAGCUCUUCAUGCGUGCAACAGUUUUAAUUGCUGAUUUACUGACUUACAUACCUGCAGUAGUUUUAUACUGUUGUUGUUUAAAAGAAAUCUCAACCAAGAAAAAAAUUGCCAAUGCAUUAUGCAUAUUGCUGUAUCCAGGUCUUAUUCUUAUCGACUAUGGACACUUUCAAUAUAAUUCUGUGAGUCUUGGCUUUGCUUUGUGGGGUAUUCUUGGAGUAUCUUGUGACUGGGACCUGCUAGGGUCACUCGCAUUUUGCUUAGCUUUAAAUUAUAAGCAGAUGGAACUUUACCACUCCCUGCCAUUUUUUUGCUUUUUACUUGGCAAGUGUCUUAAAAAAGGCCUCAAAGGAAAGGGGUUUGGGUUGUUGCUGAAGCUAGCUUGUACUGUGCUGGCUUCCUUUCUUCUCUGCUGGCUGCCCUUCUUAACAGAAGGGGAGCAAGUCUGGCAGGUCCUAAGAAGACUCUUUCCAGUUGACCGUGGAUUGUUUGAGGAUAAAGUAGCCAAUAUAUGGUGCAGUGUCAAUAUUUUUCUAAAGAUUAAGGACAUUUUGUCACAUCACAUCCAGGUAGCAAUCAGCUUUUGUUUUACAUUUUUGAGCUUGCUUCCUGCAUGUAUAAAGUUAACACUUCAGCCCUCUCCCAAAGGAUUCAGAUAUACUCUGGUUAGCUGUGCACUAUCAUUCUUUUUAUUUUCUUUCCAAGUACAUGAAAAGUCCAUUCUCUUGGUGUCACUACCAGUUUGCUUAGUUUUAAAUGAAAUUCCUUUUAUGUCAACUUGGUUUUUACUUGUGUCAACAUUUAGUAUGUUACCUCUUCUGUUAAAAGAUGGGCUCCUAAUGCCCUCAGUUGUGACAGUGAUGUCAUUUUUUACGGCUUGUGCAACUUUUUUUCCAAUACUUGAAAAGAUUUCUGAAGAAGAACUGCAGUUGAAAUCCUUCUCCAUUUCUGUUAGGAAAUACCUGCCAUGGUUUACAUUUCUCCCCAGAAUUAUACAAUAUUUGUAUCUUUCUUCAGUAGUCUCUAUGGUCCUUCUGACACUGAUGACUGUCACAUUGGAUCCUCCGAAGAAAUUACCAGACUUAUUUCCUGUGUUGGUGUGUUUUGUAUCCUGUAUGAACUUCCUGUUUUUUUGGAUGUAUGGAAGCAAGCAGCUUCUUCCACCAUUGAUGGAACUUCUCCUGGAUCUGGAAACCUGAAAUAGAUCCUUUUCUUCUAUAAACUGUGUUUGGUUGGUUGGCUUCAGCAACUUGGAGCUGGAACACCAUCUCAUCACAGUCAGAAUGGCAAUCAUCAAAAAAAUUAAAUGACAAAAAAUGUGGGUAUGCAGAGAAAGAGGAACCCUUAUCUACUCCUGGUGGAAGUGCAACUUUGUACAACCAUUAUGGAAACCAGUAUGGAGACUCCUCAAAAAGCUGAAAAUAGACCUAUGAUUUGAUCUAACUCUGCUACUGAUGGGCAUAUAUACCCUAAAGAUUCUACUCUUUCCUACAGAGAUUCUUGCUUAGCCAUGUUUAUAGCUACUCUAGUCACAAUAGCUAGGGACUUGAAUCAGCCCAGAUGCCCAUCAACAGAUGAAUGGUUAAUGAAGAUGUGGUACAUAUACACAAGAGACUCUCAGUGGUAUGGAAAAAUGCUCAAUGAAAUUUACAGGAAAAUGGAUGGACUUGGAAAAAGCCAUACUAAGUGAACUUACACAAGCACAGAAAGACAAAUGUUGCAUGUUGUCCCUCAUAUGUCGUUCCUGACCUGGGACAUCUUGAGUUGCAGGCAUAUUUGACAGGCAACUUGAAGGACAGAUAAUAGGGGUGAAAGGAUUUGGGGGGAAGAGAAAAGGGGUGGGAGGAGAUUUAUACAAAACUAAAGCCAACAUGAAUAGUACCAUAAGAAAACUUUCUCCUGGAUAGCAAACUUAAAACCCUGAAUAGGAAUGUGGGGGCUGGGGGAUUGUCUGGAUAGAAGGAAAGAGGCCCAGAGAGGGCAGGAGGAGUCUAAUUUUAAAGCCAUGGGAGCUAGCUUGUAAUUCCCAGUACCAGAAAUGGGUUAUACCCCAUAGUGAGCUGUUGGUCAUACAGACCUAUGAGGUCCCCCAAACAAGGCAAAAACACUUGAUUACCCACCAAAAUUAAAAGGUAAGCCCCAACUGCUGAAGAUACCAUAAGCUGCCAACACAGAGCAUGAAAAGAUCAUGCUGGAAUAUGGAAGGAAGGUAGCUUUCUGAUGACAAGCCCUCAUAGUGCUGGGUCACUAAUGUUAUGAACAAGCAGGGGAUCCUGCUAGCUAUGAAAUCAACCAGCUGGACAAGAUGCCCAUAUCAAUAAUAGCACUCAGCCUAUGCAGGUAACCAAUUGAUUGAUUGGAUGAGAGACCCACUCAAAGGAAGGAACUCAGAGCUGGUACUUGGAAUCAAGUCAGAAUCCUAAAGAGACAAUGGUCAUGGACUCCAGUGAGAAGCUCCCACUAGUCUUUGGCCAAGAGAGGUACACCCAUCAAAACCUCUCUUAAUUAACUAUACUUACCCCUUUAACCCAUGAUGCUGUCAUUUUAUGUUGGAGAAUCUGUUUUUUGUAGAAGGCAAUGAAAACUGGGGAGAGCCAAAAUCCAUCAACAUGACAAGAAAAGAUAGCUGACUCUGACCAUGAGAUGAGCAUAUCAGCCAAGGUCCAUGUGAAACCAAAGAAGAAUUGGCAAGUUAAGCAUGAGUGCUGCUCCCAUGGUGAGCCUGAACCAGGGAGAUGGCAGUUGAUACUCAAAAUGUAUCAAAGUAGAAAUCCAGAAGUUGCUGAGAGCUGAACACUAAAGUAGACUUAAAACACACCUGCCAAGGCUCAGGGAACAUGGGGAAGAGGGGGUGGAAAGAUCUUAAGAGCCACAGGGUAAGAAGGAAUGGUCAGAAGUAUUGCCCAACCCCCACCAUGACUGCUGAUCUCAUAAUUCAUAACCCAUGAUGAAUAGCAGUAACCCCAUUGAUGAGGGUCCUCAAUGGAAUGGGGGUGGGGAGGAGGGGAAUGGGACCAACACAUGAUUUGGCCACAGAGCUGUUUUCUAAUUAAUAAAAAUUUUUAAAAGUCAUGAAUUCUGCAGAUGUAGUGAGCUAAAAGGGAAAAUCUUUCUUUUUAAAGAAAUCUUUAGUAAUGAUAUUCAAAUUUAGAUUUUUUUCUUUGCAUUUUACAAGGCAAGUAAUACACAUUUCAUUGUUUAGAAGUCCUAUCAGGGACUAAAUUGGUUACUUGUUUUAUAUUACUGAGAGGGUAAAGUAAGCUGCUUGAAAUUUGAAUAUGCCUUAUAAUAUAUGCUGAAUUAAAGGCUAGUUAAGGAGUGCUUUUAUUUCUCAAGAGUGCAGGAUUACUUGAAUUCAUUUAAAAAAUGAGCUAUACCACUCCUAGGCAUAUAUCCUAAGGACUCUUUUCACUACCUUAGAUACUUGUAUAACCAUGUUUA